AGGAUGUUGUUUGUCUAUGAACACAUCACAUGACCCUUUUAUUUUGUCCCCGUGAUCAAGUAGUGAAAAUUCAAAAAUAAUUACGCGCAAAUGGCAUUAAAAGUGGAAGACGACCCUGAUAUUACCAUACACGAAAAUUCUCUGGAUAACAGUGCCGAUAGUGAGUUGCUAGGCAUGGUGGAUGAAGGGUCCUUUGGAAGUGGUGGACAGCAUUUUCUGGACAGCAAAGAGGACGAAAACGGGACAAGUUACAACUUUAGAGAUAUAUCUGGUGCUGUAUGUACAUACAGCACUACAAAAUACAAAAUAGUCCAUAUGACGGAAGAUGGACCAAAUAAUGGAACAUCACAUUCACCAGUUCAUGCCAUACCAAGUACAGAAUUCUAUGUCAUUGGUGAGCCCAUGGAGGUGUUUGGAACAUCAGCUACACAGAAACAAAAAGUCAUUAGGAAAAACCCCUUGCAGACAAAAGCUGUUACUGCAAAAAAGCGUGAUGACAAAAGGCGAGCAACACAUAACGAGGUGGAGCGACGUCGUAGGGACAAAAUUAACAGUUGGAUCACAAAGUUAGCCGCGUUAGUGCCUAACACUGGUCUUCCAGAUAGUGCUAGCAAAGGAGGCAUUCUAGCUAAAGCGUGUGACCAUAUUACUGAGCUUACAGAGAAACAGAAAAGAUUGGAAAAACUGGAGGUGGAUAAUGAAAAACUUGUUUUAGAAAUAUUGAGACUUAACCAGGAACUAUCGGAACUUAGGAAAGAAAAUUCCUCAAUGCGAAGCCAACUAGCCGACAACUGUAUAGUGGCAAACCAAAGACCAAAGGGCCAGAAGUCUUAGUUCAAGCUGAAGUGUAGAUUAUAGGACUGAUGUAUAUACAAUCCAAGGUGCUGAUGUGUGUUUUAGUAUUGUGAAGUGAUUACAGAAUUUCAAGGCCUAAUGGUAAAUAACACCAUUUUAUAAUACUUACCCUUAUUCCUGUAUAAUUGGCUAAAACAAAGACAUCUCAGUUUAUAUCUUGGCCAUCUAGAGUUACAUUAUAUUAAGAAAAAUGAAAUACAAAUUAUUUCCCAGUGUAUAUUAUAUUACUGUUACAAGCACCAACAGAUUAUAAUAUUGUUGUUGGAUGUAAAUAAAAACAUAUGAAAGUGGUUUUAUAUUGUGUUCAGUAAGUAGUUGUAUUCAAAAUGGGAAAAUUGAAUACUUAUUAUGGUUUAAUUUGUCACAUUUAAACAUUGAAUGACUGUAAGAGGUGCAGUGCACAUAAAAAUUUCCUUGAGAUAUGUAAGUUUAUGAAAAACAAGAAUUUCUCAAGAUACUUGUAACUAAAAACGCCAUUAUUGGCCAUCUAGCUUUAUAGAACAGUAAACAUAUUGAAAAAGUCGAUACAUUGUUAUAUUUUAAAUGUGCAGUGGAUACAUAAUAUUAAAGUUAUCCAAAACAGAUCCUAAACUUAAUAUGGAAAUUAUGUUACUCUGCCAGUUUAUUUUAGGUAGGUUUAAUAAGGAAAACAUUGGCUAGAAUAAGUUAUCAGUAUUGAAGUGUCUGUGAUUAUUUGGGCACUAACUAAGGUUGAAUAAUCUAGUGCUUGGGAAGUUAAAUUGAGCUCCUUAGUGUUACACUGGAUAUUGUGUUAAGGACUUCGGUAUCCACAGGUAGGGUACAGGUACAUUGUCCUAAAAUGAUUACUGGUCUCAGUGUUCUCAUAAUAAGUAAAUUGAGAAAUUUUGACGAGGUGCGAAGCAAGUCUUUUUAAUACAAGAAAGCUCAAUUCAGUUCCCGAGAUUUGUAAGUGAUUUGUACAUGUAGUAUUUUGUAAGAAAUAAGGAAUACUGAAGAAAGUAUCAGAUAAACUUCAUAUCGAUUAAAUUGAACAUGUUAUAAUGUUUCAUUAGAAAUGCUUUGGCGCCAUUUCACAAAAAAUAUAUUGCAGGUAUGCGUGUUUUAUUUAGCAGUGCUAUGUAUUUUACUCAAAUCAAAUAAAAUAAAUGUUCAAAUGUGUAAUUAGGUUGAUCCUAAAUUACAAAAUAAUGAAAAAUCUCGUAUGUUUCUUUUAAUUUUUUUAUGUUUUAACUAAAUUUAUAAUAUAUUUUGUGUUCAUCCAACCAAUAAAUUUAUAUAUAUCACAAAAUAGGUAUGGCUGUUGUUACACAUUACUUAUGUAUUUUUUCCAACAUAAAUAUUAUGUGUAGUGAGACGUUUAGUUUUAGAAUCUUAUUAUUACUUGUAAUAGGUACAGGCUAGAUGCAUUGGCUAUGUGACUUGAGUACGAAAUAAUUUGCAUUUAAAAAUAAUCUGUUACAAUGUGAAUUUUUCAACUUAACACUUCAUCGUUUUGUAUUUUUAUUUUUUUAAUGCCGACCUAGAAAUUUAAAUAUAAUCAGGUGUUGUUGUUUGA